UAGGGUAUAAAAAGCCCCAAAUUUCUUGGCUCCCAAACGCUAUCGGGCCAAACGUUAACCGAGAAGAAGAAUUGAACAAGAACUGAAGAAGAAAGGAAAGAGCUGCUCUCAACUCUCAACGUCGCUACCCGAUUCGUAAUUUGGAUUCCAACCCUAGAUCUUUCUUUUUUCUCGUAUCUGUUAUCAACGCAGAUCGCGUUUUGAAAGCAAGGAUGGCGACGUUCGAACUGUACCGGAGGUCGACGAUCGGAAUGUGCCUUACCGAGACUUUGGACGAGAUGGUUCAGAACGGCACUCUCAGCCCUGAGCUUGCUAUUCAGGUUCUUGUUCAGUUCGACAAGUCUAUGACUGAAGCUUUGGAAACGCAUGUUAAAAGCAAGGUCUCCAUCAAGGGGCAUCUCCACACUUACAGAUUUUGUGACAAUGUUUGGACCUUCAUGUUACAAGAUGCAAUGAUUAAGACUGACGACUGCCAAGAGAAUGUUGGACGAGUUAAAAUAGUGGCAUGUGAUUCGAAGUUGCUUACACAAUAAUAUGCCCAAUGUCCGCUGCAUUGUCAACAAGGGGAAAUUGUCCUCAUCUACUGGUACUAUGGAAAUUAUGGCAAGACAGUAGUGACAGAUGAUCUUAAUUCUUGCGGGAACUAGCAACUAUUGAACGUUAUGUAUUUAAAAGCCAUUCAUAUUCAUAACUUUAGUUAAAUUAAUAUUACGCUAAAAAUGCUGAAUGGAAUCGGAUGAAGAUACUCUGUUUCUCUGUACUUUGUUCUGUUCUUCCGGGGGUACUAGUAAACGAAUUUAUUUAUGUC